AUGUACAAUUUAAUUAAAAGGACACCAGCUAAGCUGUUAACAUCAAUCGAGCUUGAAGGGCGUCUUUUGAAACUUCCACGUUGGCAAUUAACGGAUGACAUAAUCUCACGACAGCUAGAAUUCCCAGAUUUCGAAGCCACUUGGUCGUUCUUAAACCAGGUUGCGUUACGAAGUCAUCUCUGGGGCCAUCACCCGAAAAUUGUGACGAAUUAUAAUCAGGUUUUGAUCGAACUGACCACACACGAUGCAGGUGGAAUUACCGACGUUGAUGCGAAACUAGCAGCCCGUAUUGACCUAUAUGCGAUGGGCCGUGAGAAAUGUGCCGAGAAUGAGCUAUAA